AUGGGUGACGCCGGCCUCCCACGAUCGCUCCAGGAGAGCCUGGACAACACAAAAGUCUCGUAUGCCCAGCUGGGCAAGUCGGGCCUUCGGGUGUCGAUUCCGAUCCUGGGCGCCAUGUCUUUCGGCCAUAAAGAUUGGCAACCCUGGGUGAUUGACGACCCCUCGGAAGUGGACAAACUCCUCAAGGGCGCGUACGACCGCGGCCUGAACACCUGGGACACGGCGAACGUGUACUCGAACGGCGUGUCCGAGCAGAUGAUCGGCGAGACGAUCAAGAAGCACAAGAUCCCUCGGCACAAGCUGGUUCUGCUGUCCAAAUGCUUUGGCACGGUCGGCGAGGAGCCCGGCGUCGUGCACAUCAAGUACCCCGAACAAAUCAAGCGCAGCAAGGACUACGUCAACCAGGGCGGGUUGAGCCGCGCUGCCAUUUUCAAUGCCGUCGACGCCAGCCUCGAGCGCUUGGGCACGACCUAUCUGGAUCUGUUGCAGAUUCACAGAUUCGACAAGACGGUGCCGGUCGAGGAGACGAUGAAGGCACUGCACGAUCUGGUGCAGAGUGGGAAGGUUAGAUAUAUUGGUGCCAGUUCAAUGUGGGCGUACCAAUUCGCGCAGAUGCAGCACGUCGCCGAGAUCCACGGCUGGACCAAGUUCGUCUCCAUGCAGAACCACUACUCGCUCUGCUACCGCGAAGAGGAGCGCGAGAUGAACGCCUUCUGCCACGAGACCGGCGUCGGCCUGAUCCCCUGGGCGCCCCUGUACCGCGGCCUGCUGGCCCGGCCUUUGGGCUCCGCUUCGACGGCCCGCGAGGAGAGCAUGAAGGGCAACCCCAUGUUCGGCGGCGUCGACGAACAGGACGCCAACAUCAUCAAGCGCGUCCAGGAACUCGCCGACAAACACGGCUGGAAAAUGAGCCACGUCGCGCUCGCCUGGAUCAUCCAGAAGGGCACAAUCCCCAUCGUCGGGUUCAGCAAUCUCGGCCGUCUGGAGGAGGCCGUCGCCGUCAACGGGAAGACCCUGACCGACGAGGAGAUGAAGUACCUCGAGGAACCGUACCGGCCAAAGGCUAUUGUGGGACACUCGUGA